CCGCCCCACCGGCCCCACGCCCCGCCCCGGUCCCGCCCCCUCCCGGCGUGCCACUGCCCGCGGAAGCGCGGCUGCGGUGGGUAGGGCCUGAGUGCGCUCCGGCGGGGCUGGCUGCGGGGUUGAGAACACAGCCCUGCAAUCACUAAGAUCUAAUUUCUUGUGUUAUUUGUGACUACUUGACCUGCAAGCUGACAGCAGAUACGCUUGCGCUACAGGAUGUUUCGCCUUCGGUUUCUUCCCAUUGCAGCAGGGCUUUCUGCUGUUUCGCGGCGUUACCAUGGGACGACGCAUUACCCCAGGACCAGGCGUAGGCUCAUGGUGGCGGCUUUCAUAGGGACAACUGCAGCAACAGCGAGUGCCAGAUUUCUUUGGCAGAGGGCUUAUGCAGAAGACUCGUCCUCUGUAAAACACGAUCCAAGGACAGAGCCGAGAGAGAAGAUGAAGCACGAGGAGGAGAGCAGUGACAGUGAGGAUAGAAAGGCUGUUGCCUCAGGUGAUGAGGAUGCUCAGCCAGAAGGGAAGAAGAAGAAGCGUUCUGGCUUCAGGGACCGUAAGGUGAUGGAAUAUGAGAACAGGAUCAGAGCUUACUCUACGCCAGACAAAAUCUUCAGAUACUUUGCCACUUUGAAAGUCAUAAAUGAGCAUGGUGAAUCGGAGGUUUUUAUGACACCGCAGGAUUUCGUGAGAUCAAUAACGCCUAAUGAAAAACAACCGGAAAACCUGGGCCUGGAUCAGUUUAUAGUGAAGCGCUAUGAUGGGAAGAUACGGGUUAAAUUUUCAUCUAAAUUAUUAGCUGAGCUCAUCCCCACUCUGCAGUCACAUACAAUGAAAUUAUCCCAGGAGCGAGAGAAGUUUGCCGAUGAAGACAGCAUAUUUUAUGCACUUGGAGAAUGUGGACUCAUUUCUUUUUCUGACUACAUCUUCCUCACAACGGUCCUUUCCACUCCCCAGAGGAAUUUUGAAAUUGCCUUUAAGAUGUUUGAUCUGAACGGUGACGGUGAGGUGGACAUGGAAGAGUUUGAGCAGGUCCAGAGCAUCAUUCGUUCCCAAACCAGCAUGGGAAUGCGUCACAGAGACCGGUCUACAACAGGGAACACACUGAAAACUGGCUUCAACUCUGCAUUGACAACAUACUUCUUUGGAGCGGAUCUGAAGGGGAAGCUGACCAUCUCCCACUUCCUCGACUUCCAGCGUAAACUGCAGCAUGAUAUUCUGAAACUUGAGUUUGAGCGGCACGACCCUGUGGAGGGGCGGAUCACAGAGCGGCAGUUCGGCAGCAUGCUGCUGGCCUACAGUGGGGUGCAGUCCAAGAAGCUCACUGUCAUGCUGAAGCAGCUCAAGAAGCACUUCCAAGACGGAGAGGGGCUGACAUUUGAGGAGGUGGAGAACUUCUUCACUUUUCUGAAGAACAUAAAUGACGUGGACACAGCUUUGAGCUUCUACCACAUGGCUGGAGCUUCGCUUGAUAAAGUGACAAUGCAGCAAGUGGCCAAGACAGUAGCCAAGGUGGAGCUCUCCGACCAUGUGUGCGACGUGGUGUUUGCACUCUUUGACUGUGAUGGGAAUGGUGAGCUGAGCAACAAGGAGUUUGUUGCCAUAAUGAAGCAGCGCCUUAUGAGAGGCUUGGAGAAGCCCAAGGACAUGGGCUUCACACGACUCAUGCGGGCAAUGUGGAAAUGUGCCCAGGAGACAGCGUGGGACUUUGCCAUGCCCAAGCACUAGUGGGGUCAGGCAGGAGUGCCCAGGUUCCCUGUCACAGCCCUGCCACCACUGCCUGCAGACACCUGUUGGAUGGCACCAGGCUCUGGCAAGCCCAGACUGUUCAUAACAGGAGAUUUUUGUAAAUCAAAGUUAGAAAUGAAAGCCUGUUGUAUUUGCAGCUUCUGCUUGCUGCUGAUGUGCCUCUCAGGAAAAAGAAAAGGACUUUUGAGUCACCACCCCUGCUUUGUGAUGAGCCUUGCCUGCACACCUGGGCAUGGAGCAGUCUUGUGGGGCUACACCCAAAUCACUUAUUUAAUGUUAUUACAAAAUGGCAUGGGGUUUAUUUUAAUUUCUUAGAUCGCUCGUUAGUGGUGGGACCUAGGAGCGGACGCUGGAGCAGCCAGCUGGUGAAAGCCACCGCAGGGUUUUGGUUGGCUGAGUGCUCUAUGCUCCCCCAGGCUUUUGAGGAAGGGUGGACAGGACAGAUGCAUCCACAAGAGGGCUGCCUGAGCCAAGGUGCUGCCUCUGGUGGAAGAACAGUUAAAGACCAACUGGCUCGCCCACCCAUCCUGCCUUGCAUAACCAGCCUGCUGCCAGCGAGAUAUCCUUCUCUGAGGGGAAUUGUUCUGU